CUUAAUAAUUGGUCGACACUGAAAGUUUGUGGAUAUUGUCUUUUAUACACCUGCCUAAAGGACUCGGAAUAGUAUUUUUCUGCAUUCUCCUCUUUCAACCUAACCUACACUGCAGUCAGCGCCGCCGCUGUACCCAAAUUGGAUUAGAGGGGUAGAGAACGUCAGCGUCCGUAGUAGGCAUCACAUCAGCAAUACCCAAAUCGGGACUAGCCGAGGCCGGUGAACAUGUCUUAUCAGGGGCACAGAGGAUCCGAAGUCAAUGGAGAAAUGGAUUAAUUGCGUGUGGUGACGAGAAAACGAUCAGUAUUCAGGGUGUGGACUAAUAGCUCUCGAGGGUCAUCUUGUGCAGAUCGUUUGAAAUCUACCGGUUCGAAUCACAGCAGCAUACUAGAUAGCUACAGUACAGUUGCUAGUCAAGCAAUGCAUCGCCGAUUGACAUUUUAGCUAACACGUUACUGUAGCGGGCUAACUGUACCCCGGCUGGCUUGCCUCAUAAACAUCAGCAGUGUUACUUUAGUCGCCAACAAAUUCUCAACAAGCAAAACAUGGAGACUUGUUUCAAUGUAAGCGGUCGGGUACGUUAAUCGAGUGGUACUGUUCUGCGUUCAAUAAACGUUAUGACCCCUUAGUCCUCUGUUACAAAUCCGACUGUUAGCUAAACCUAUUCUCUGUAGUCAGCAGUAUCAAGGUGACGGACAAAUGGAAGUAAGCUAACGCUAGCUAGCUAGCUAGCAUCACUGGACCUGUGAGCUAACUGGCAGUGCACCGAAUACCGUGGUUACCAUGGCGGUAAUAAGUGCUGUGGAAUGUGGCAUCAGUGAGAAACCAACGUUACCACGAUGAAGACUUUUUUUUCAGAAAACCGAUGGCUACAGGUUUGGUGUUAUGCAGACAAUUAGAUGCCACAUGUAAUGUAUAUCACAGGCUUACACCAUGUGUGUGGUUGGCCUCGUAUAUGUCCAUCCCUGCCGAUGACACCGGUCACUGUUUUUAAAAGCAAACAGCGGGAUAAAAGCGCUGUUGCCGGGUAGUGGUGCUGAAACGAGAGGACUGAUUUAGUUGUUACAGUAGUUAGAAACGAUCUAGAGCUAGCUGCACCAGCUAGCCUAGGUAGCUGGCUAGAUAUGUAGCCAGCUUAAGCAGCACAAUAAUUAGAAACACCACAGAUCGAUACCAAUGGUGUCUAAUAAAUUUUUAUUCGCAAUAAUUCUGUUAAAUGUGUAUAUAGGUGUACAGUCGUUUUUUUACUUUUUUGGUGGCGUGGUUUUAACAGUCCUGGUUGCUAUGGCAUUUUUAAAUGGCCCUAGACUAUUAGACUGGGCAAAUUCACCUCCCCAUCUUCAAUUCAACAAAUACGUACUAACUGGAUACAGACCGAUCUCUUCAGUGCAAGACUGUAUCAGAAGCCUGUUUUAUCUGCACAACGAACUGGGAAACAUUUACACACAUGGCAUUCCUCUGCUCUGCUUCCUGGUCCUCCUUCCUCUCAACAUCCCCUGGUCCCAGAUCAACGUCACCUGGCUGGGCGUGGUCCACUUCUUGGCCUGCCUGUCGCCCCAGCUUGGCUCUGUGGUCUACCACCUCUUCAUGAACCACGAGGGAGGGGAGCCAGUCUACCACACACUCCUUACCCUGGACAUGUGUGGCAUCUGCAUGAUCAACACACUAGGGGCUCUGCCCAUCGUCUACAGCACACUGCUCUGCUACCCCUUCACCCGCUCCGUGGCGCUGUUAGUCUACAUCCUCCUCUCCAGCUACGCCAUCUACUGUGCCAUCACGGCCCGGAGCAGCGUACGGCGCCUGCGCUCCUUUGCCUGGCAGGCCCUGUUCCGCUUCUCCUUCUUCCUGCUGCGCUGGGUGGGCGUGGGCGGCGGCAGUCCUACCUCGCUGCGCCACUUCCUCACCAUGGACGCGCUGGCCUUACUGGGCGGUGUCAUCAACAUCGCGCGCAUCCCAGAGCGCUUCCGCCCGGGCCUGUUUGACUACUGGUGCAACAGCCACCAGAUCAUGCAUGUACUGGUGGUGGGGUCCAUCCUCUACCUGCACUGGGGGGUGCUGGAUGACUUGCUCUGGAUCAACAGCUACCACUGUCCCUCAGACUGAAACACACCCAGGUGCAGCAGGAGCCUACAGGGUUUUACCAUGGACCUCUAGGGGUGGGGUGGGGGGGGGGGGGGUGAGGGGACUUGAGGGUGAAGGGAAAUGGUGUUCCAGUGAAACUAGGUGACGGAGGAUGUUUGGAGAGUUAAAGGUUGGACGGGCUAAACCAGGAGGUGCUGCAUUCAUAAAGCUGUGCAUGACAGGUGAGAUUAAGUGUUUGGCACUUCAUGCACUCAAACAUAGAAUGUCCAUAUCUCCGUCAAUCUUGUUUGUGUAUCUACUAGUUGUUUUGUAAAAACACACCAUGACCAGAGGAUAUUGUAACCACACGCACACACACAAACACACGCACACAAACAGACACAAAAGUACACAUUAAUGAUUAGAUAUCAAUGUUUCUGAAACACUUUUUCACUCCCAUCUUUAGCAAGUGAAAUACCACCUGAGCAAUAGUAGACUACUUUGAUAAGAUGCUUAUCCUCAAUCAUUCAUAAUGACUCAAGCAGAAAGAUAAUUUCACUAAAUGAUAUCAUACUCAUCGAGAAGGAAGUUCAUUCUUUCCAACUCGUUCUUGUGACCUAUGCAGCAUAUCCGCUUUUGAAUGAACAUAAUAUACUUACAACAGAUACAUUGCACACAGGUACACCAAGGCUAGUAGUGAUGCACAUGUGAUGCCAGCACUCCCAGUCCAGUCUCAAAGUCCUAUGGAACUACUUGAGUUUCUGUAUUUUAAUGUAUGAGAGGAAUGUCUUCAUUUGAUUGUUUUGUCCAUAUUUAUGUCUGUCUUACUUGGCCCUUUUGUCUUUCAUCUGGCACUUGUUUUUUUUAUAUGUUUUCCUUUCUGCCCCUAUUUGAGUCUCUAUCUCACAGUUUUUGUUGUGUGAUUUGGUGGAAACUAAUUAGGAAUGGGUGAGGGGGUUCAUUUCAUGGUUUGUUAGUGAGCUGCUUUUAAGGUACUUGCUAGACUACAAGAAUGCUGUUUUUUGAUUGGACACCCUGUAUCUUUGAGUGACAGCCAUGUUGAAUAAGGAACAAUACCGUAGUAGGUCAUGCUUAAUAUUUACUAUUUUAUGUUACUUUUGAGUUAUUUAAUAACUCCAUUCAUGGGUUGAUUAAUCCUUCGAAACACUGUCCUUUAUAUUAUAUAUUUAUUAAUCUCUGUUUAUAUUUAAAGGGACCAUUUCUUACUUUAAGAUAAGAAGGGAUUCUGUUCAAAAUCAUGGUAUGCCUCUUCCAGUAUUUAGCUUUUUUUGUGGAAGUUUCUAAAAGGGAUUUUAAUAUUUUAACUGUAGGUAUUUUACUAUUUGUAUGUUUUGCACAUCAUGUAUAUCAGUUAGUAAAUAUGCCAUUUAUUAUUAUGCAUUUGAAUAGACUAAAAACAAACAGCAAGACCCCAACAUAGAUGUCACAAGGCUUCCACUUAAUUAGCACAGUCUGCACUAUUAAGAUGUUUUAUUUUCGAUGCCACCCUACAAGUGGGGAUUUUGUGCCACAGGUGGAAAUGCCAACCUCCUUGACAGCAGCACGCUGUCAGUAUAUAGAUCGUAAAGGAGUCAUUUGAAUGCACUGUGUAGCACAAAGAAUCUGGUCAAAAGCACUGAAACGUCGCUCUACUCGGCUUUUGUUUUAACCCUGAAUUGUGGUAGUUAGAUGAAGCUCUAAUGGCGUAAACACAGCGUGUGUUGUGUACAAUUCAGGGAGAACUCAACCAGGCAAGAAUGAACCCCAAUUCAUCUCUCUUUUUUUUUUAAAGCUGCAACAACCAUAUUUAUUUGUUGUCCCUACUGUAAGAUCACUAUUGAAUUGGUACAAAACGAUGCACUUAUGUUUCCGUUAUUGUUGUGAUUAAUAGAACAAUGUUUACGUUUUUAUUUUAUUUAUGUAAUUUGAGAAUGUAUGUGGAAGGUAUACACCAAGCAUUUUGUGUCAUACUUUUUAAAAAGGGACUUUUUAUUAGUCCCAACUGCUCUAUGGGACUAGCUUUUGUUUAAAGUUUAUAUCGUUUCGGUUUCUGUGUGAUAUUGCACUUUUGUAGUCCACGUGCGCUGAUCUUUCCCACACGCUCGAAAAUAGGCCUUAGGAGUAGCAUUUACUUUGCUCACAUUGAGUCAAGCUUGAGGGAGAAUCCAUACUCUCCUUCACUGGCUUCAGUCUGCAGCCCCCCCACCCCCACCCCCACCCCCACCUUGCCAAUGUGUGAGGCUGAUUAACCACAGCUUUGAACCCUUAGUCAUCAUUUCCGUGAUGACGAUACUAUAACCACGGCCCUUUGUAUCGUUGUUAGAACUAAUGGAUUGCAGUGCACUGAAUGAGUCUGAUUUAAUGCAUGUUAGUAGCUCUCAAAAAGAAACUGAUGUCUCAUAAGAGGAUUUCAGAUGAGUAUUAGCCAAAUGCUUGUGCAUUGAAACCGGUGACACAGCCUGUGUCUGUCACUCCAGCCAAGAGCUUGUACAUGCGUCCGGGGAAACAGAAUGUGUUUUAGUUAGGGGGGAAAAGUCUACCGUAGAGGAACAUGAGGGACUAGAACACAGGCAAUAUACACUAUAUCAAAUAAACUGCACUGUUUAUUUUUUUCAAAAGGGCUUUGGAUCAAAGUGAAUACCAAUAAUGAAACUUAUUUAAAGUCCAUAUAAAUAAUGUAAAUAUGUGUAUGUAGAUUAUGUAUACAUACAGUGCAAACAAUAUAUACUCUGAUACUACUUUUUAUACAUGUACGUAAGUCUGUAAAGGGAAAAAGGAGUAAUGUAGUAUGUGUACAUCAGUCCAAGCUCAGCUUCAGAGCAAUGGCUGAGGCUUGCCUACUAUCAAAUCCAUCUGUAUGUGAACACAGAAGCAACUGAAUUUCAAUUCAGUGCUAUUGUAGAUGUGGGUAACACCGAGGGGUGAUAAACCUUAUUGAGAAUGCGUGUAUCAUUAAAAUGUUUGUAUUGUUUUGUAUCUGAACAAGGCAGUGGGGAUGGCAUGUGAACACCUCUGAUUACAACUGGAUAUCUAUGCAUUAUCAGAUAAAACAUUUUAAUUAACGCUGAAGUGGUUUGUUAAACUGGUAUCUCAAAUGUAACAAUGAGACCAAGGGCCCAUUUGAGCUCUCGGGCUUUUGAACGCACUCGACGCGAGUGCUGCACUUGAACAUCCUGGUUUCGCUUCUCAGGGUUGGCGUAGCGGCAACGUCCAGGCCUAGCGUCUUGUCUGAAACAUGGCUUUUAGGGAGGAAGAGAAGUGUCACUGUGUUUCUACCUACCGGGUACAAACACAGUGGAGGUUGAGGAGUGUGAGGUUGUCUAUGGAAGAAGGGUUAUAGGUUACAGAACAUACUGAGGUGAGUAGGAGGAAUGGAGGCUUGAGGAUUGGAACUAAAAAUCAUUUUUCAGAAGUGUGACCAGGCCAGCAGUCAUUGUCCUUGUCUGUAUAUACAACAUGAUGUUUGAAAACCUCACAAAAACGGCGGAAAAGGUUGCUUUUUUAGGCCACGGGCGCCGGACAGCCUGUCAACAACUAUUUACAAAGGAUUAACUGUCAGAACUAUUGUUAUAUGAUAAUAAUGACGAUAGUGAUGAUCCUUAUAACUAUUAUUAAUAUUGAUACCGUUAUUCUGUGGAAAUUGGAACUACUAAUGACUCUGUAACUUGUAUACAGAUGAGACUACCCCU